GCAUUGUUGUCCAUGCUGAAUGAUUGACAAGAUUUAAAGUGAUUGUAGAGCUGCGUUACGAUAUUCACUGCCAGUAUUAAAAAUCUAUAGUUUACACUAGAAUUUUAUUACUGGCAGUGAAUAUCGGAAGGCAGCCUAGGAGUGGUGAAGAUUUUCGAGAAACCGGCAUCCUCUGACAAUUCCCUCUCGUUAGUUCAACUUUUAUUACUAAAGUGUGACGUGUAACGCGAGACACUGAAAACAUGAUAAGGAUUGCAGUGCAACUCGCGGAAAAUAAUUCUACAGUGCUCUGCGAUCGCAUCGAUCGGAUUUAACCUCAUCAAUAUCCACAUGAGGGAUAAUUAAUGCCGUGCAGUUACUCGCAUGCAAAAUUGGUUUUGUGCGCUGAGGAGCAGCGGCAACAUUUUCCGUUGUCUAUAGGUCAUUCCUGUUCGCAGAGGCUCAAUGAGAUGUGAAAUUCGGAGGUGUCUGUCGCAUUCCGCGCCGAAUAAGGAAGAGGGAUAACGUGGAACGGACAAGCCGCAAACAUCUUCAAAAUGAUAUCCCAAAUGUCGCAUGUGAUGACCCUCGCCAACAGUAUCAUAGGCGUGAGCGUCCUGGCGAUGCCGUUCUGCUUCAAACAGUGCGGCAUAGUGCUGGCUGUACUGGUGCUGCUCCUGUGCAGCGUCCUAUCCCGACUGGCCUGCCACUUUCUCGUCAAGUCAGCUGUGAUAGCCAGGAGACGCAACUUUGAACUUCUCGCCUUCCACGCGUUUGGCUAUAUGGGAAAGUUCCUGGUAGAGCUAUUCAUCAUUGGCUUUAUGCUGGGCACAUGCAUUGCCUACUUUGUCGUCGUUGGUGAUCUCGGGCCACAGAUAAUCAGCAAGAUGACAAGUAAAAGUCCAGCUGACAUUCGCACUAGUCUGCUGAUCUUCACCGGAGUCUUUAUAGUUCUGCCCCUGGGACUGCUCCGAAAUAUCGACAGUCUGUCUAGCAUUUGCACCGCCACCAUUGUCUUCUAUCUCUGUCUUGUGUUAAAGAUCAUGGAUGAAUCGACCCUACACAUUUUUAUGGGAGACUGGCUUAAUAGUGUUAAUUAUUGGAGACCAGCCGGCAUCCUGCAGUGCCUGCCGAUAUUCUCCAUGGCCCUUUUCUGUCAGACGCAGCUGUUCGAAAUAUACGAAACCAUUCCGAAUGUAUCCUUAGAGAAGAUGAAUGAUGUUGUACGGGGAGCGUUAAAUAUAUGUACACUUGUAUAUAUGUGCGUUGGCUUGUUUGGUUACAUUGCAUUCUGUACCCAACCAUUCACAGGAAAUAUUUUACUGAGUUUCGAACCUAGUAUAACAUCGGAAUUGAUUAAAUUGGGAUUUGUGUUCUCGGUCGCAUUCAGUUUCCCUCUAGUCAUAUUUCCAUGUCGUGCGAGCUUGAAUUCUCUUUUAUUUCGCCGGGUGUACACCCAUGAACCAUCUGUCAAUUAUUUGCCAGAAUCCAGGUUUCGCUGCCUCACUAUUGUGAUAGUCAGCAUUUCCCUGAUCAUCGGUAUUUUAGUACCGAAUAUAGAAUUCGUUCUUGGUAUCGUGGGAUCAACGAUCGGUGUGAUGAUUUGCUUGAUAUUCCCGACAGUAUUCUUUAUAUCUAUCAGCAGUAAAAAUACCAAUGAAAGACUGGUAGCGCAGGGCAUUUUAAUUAUCAGCGUUUGGAUCAUUAUUCUUGGUACAUAUGCCAAUCUGUACGCCAUGGAAGAGUCUACAAAUACAAAAUUGGCGGUGACCAAUAAGCCGCUUGGUCAAAUUAAUAAUUUACCGCUCGGUCAAAUUAAUAAUUUACCGUUAAAUAUAAUUAAAGACGAUUUACAUAUCAUUCCCGACAUUCCCAACAGUUUAGAACUCAUUCCCAGAGCAAAAGACAAAAUUGAUCAACUGCCUGAAAUAAAUAUUCUUGAAAAAACGUUAGACUUACAAGUGAAUGACGUUCGACAGGAACCUCCAAUACCCGUUGAACGUAUGAUUGUCAGCGAAAAGCCAAAUGUGGAAAAGUCUGAUAAAAUAGCAGUAGGCUCUCUUGUGCCAGAAAUAAGAGAUAUGGUCGAAACAAUAAGAAACAAUAAUUUAAAUGUACAAGCAGCACAGGUUGCCGCAAAUGCCGAUAUUGCUAAAAUCGAUAAACCUGUUACUUUGAAGGCGGAAGAGAAGAUAAAGAUAAUCGAAGAGAAAGAGCAAUCUAUAGAUCUGCAGAAAAACGAUAAUCUCAUUAAUUUGGACGCCAUAAAAAAGGAGGAAUCGGAAUUAGCGGCCGAUGGGGACAUUGCUAAUGCUAGAGCCGCCGAACGACACGAACAACUUAGAAAAACACUGGAAAAGCAUAAAUUGGAGCAACGGCAGAUGAUGCAGGAACAAAAAGAGAUUUUGAAGGAUAUCAAGGAACAGAAGCAAGAAUUCGAGAGAGAGAAACAGAGAAUGGCAAAGGACGAAAUACUAAAAAAGAAUGAAAAGGUACAAAUUGAUUUGAAAGAGAAUGUUCUGCCAGAGAGUAAAGAUAAUUUGGAAGAAAAUGGUAAAAAGGUUGUGGAAAAUAAUGAGAUUAUCGUUGGACAAAAUAAUAAAGAAGUUUUACAAGAGAAGAAAUGGAGAAACGCGGACAAAAUAAAACUAAAUGAAGAGCUUCAGCCUCAAGACGAUAAUAGUAAUAAUAUAAACGUCAAGAUUGAAAACGAGAAAAAAUUAGAUUUGCUUAACGAAAUAUCUAAAAAUAAGAACGUAGAAGAAUCACAAAAAAUAUUGGAAAACGUACCAGAUACAUUUCUUCCUAUCAAAAAGGUCGACCGUGAAACACCAGAGAAACUGUUACAGAGAGAAAAUCAAGACAAGACGAAAGUAGAAGAAAUAGAAUUUAACGAUUCGAAAAAUUUGAAGGGUCCUAUUUUGAACGUCUUAUCCAAAGGAAUUCUACAAAGAUCUGUUAUAGAAGAGAAACUUGCUGAAGAGAAUGAUAAUAAUCGUGAGAUGAAGGAAGAGAAAAAGGAAGUUCUUACGAAUGAAAUUGCGAAUGCAUCAGACAAAUUGCAAGGAAAAUACGACGAGAAAUAUUCUGUACCUAUAGCGUUAAAAAUGAUGAAUCAGUCAAAAUUAGACAGAGUUAUUCAAUCAUUGAAUAAGAGCGAGUCAGAGAUUCUCGCUAUACGUCGAGAUAUUUUAGAGAAUUAUGAACGCGAGAAGAGAGAUGUCGACCGAGAGAUAAAUGCAAACGACACGGGAAUCAAUGGCGAUCGUCUAACUGAGAAGUCUGAAUCUCUUGUCAAAAACGCCGGCGAUGUGGACAGCGAAACUUGUUCGAAAUUGCAGGAAAGUUCGAAAAAAUCAGAGGCAGAAAAAGAAUCUAAGAAAAGAGUGAAUAAAGUACAGAGUACAACUGAAGCGCCUCUGAUCAACACAAACCUCUAUUUGUCCGAGCAAAAAAUAACAAAAACGAUUUCUAUGGAUCAGCAUAUUGCUCUAAACUCAGAGUAUGCGAGUAUGAAACAGGAAGACUCGAUCCUCAAUCCUAAAGACAAAACUGAAAUAUAAAUAUCUGAUUAAAAAAAAUCAAAUUUACGCAUAAUAUUAGAUAAAGUUAUAAUAUGUUAUAUAAUAUUAUAUAUAAUCGUGGAUUACUCGUUGCUUCCCUCAAAUUGCACUAUUUAUUUAUGUUUAUAUAAUUAAAUUAUUACAAAGUGCAAUGGGAAUUUUUAUUCCCAGAUAAGUGUGUGUGUGUGUGUGUGUGGGUGUAUGUGUGCAUGUGUACUACGAAAAUAUGAUAUAUUUAUGUGAUAUUUUUAAUUUGUGUGAAUGCGAUCUUUAAUAUGAUUGCUGUAUAUAUAGGUAUUACCUCAUACACUGCAUUUUUCUUUUCAUGGCGCGUGACAAAUGUAAAAAUAAUACAAAUAUCUAAAAUAUUUAAUUAUGUAUCAUAGGACCAAAUACAGAUGUAUUUUUACAUAGCAA